AAAUAGAAAUUCCCAGGGAAGAAAAUAACGGUGUGGGGGAGGAAGGAGCCCGGAGUCAAUGGGAACUUUCCCGGCUGCUGAAACAUAAACAGCCCUUCCGUGUUGACACAACAUUUUAAAGGUUUCACGGCAGGAAAAAUAAAAAAAAAAAAGCUCUUUGUCAACAGCGGCCCGAGGCAGCCCCGCUGCCCUGGAAGGGAUUUUAUCCCCGGGGGGAGGAGGGUGAUGGAAUUUGGAAUUCCCGGGAGCUGCUGGAUUUGGGGUUUGGGGAAAUCCUGAGGGGUCCCCGCUAGGAAAAACCUCGUGGGCUCAACAGAGUUCCCGUUUUUCCGUGCCCAAAGGUGUGGGAAUGGUGUCCGUGUGUCCGUCUGGCCGAGUUGUUCCCCUUGUUCCGUGCCAGCCUUGCCAUGGCACACAAAAGGAGGUGGGUGCAACAAAUUUUAAAAAAAAAGUGUUUAGCAGUGCUUAAUCCUUGAGUGUUUUCAAAGAAUGAUUCCGUGGCUUCCCUUGAAAUUAUGACUUAAUUAUGAAAUAAAUCAUUGGAAAAGGGAAAACCUUUUUGGGAUUCCCAGCAGGCAAAGGUUGAACCUGGAGAUGUUUUUUGAGGGGGUUGUAAUCAACAAAAACCCCUUUGAAAAUCCCAAAGCUGAGAGAGUUUGGGAUCUCCGAGAGGCUCCGGGGGAGGCGAGCUCGGAGCGCUUCACCUUUGGGGUGUUUAUAGGGCCGGGGGAUGAUUGAUUUGGGCCAUCGGGAAGUUUCCACGCUGGCCACGAGCCAAGCUGGCGAGAACAGGAGUGGGAAGAAUUCCCACAAUGGAGCGUUCCACUCGGGCUGAGACUCACAAUGGCAGCGGGCUGAGCUCCAGGGAAAGCCGUGCCAGGGCUGCGGGCACCGCGCUGCCCCUUCUGGUGCCCACCUGGCCUCGCCCAGCUCCCAGCGGAGGCGUUGGGGACAUGGAGCGGACCUGAGGCGGUGGCGGAGCCCGCAGCGGCACCGGGGAGGGACCGGCACCGGCACCGGGGAGGGAUCGGCACCGGCAGCACCGGCGGCGGCGGCACCGGGGGCUCAGCGCAGCGGAGCUGGUGGAUAAUGAACCCUCAAGGAAGCCUCUUUCAAACACGGCCCCAUUAAAGCGCUGGCCCCAUUUGAAGAGUGAGCUUCCAGUGGCACCGGGAGGAUGUCCACGAGGAGCCCCAUCUCUCCACCCCCGGAGCUGGAUGGAGCGGGCACCAUGGUGAACUGCGCCGCCAAGACAGAGGAGAAGAAGGAGGGCGGCCCCGAGACCCCCCCAGGGGCCACCCCCAGCGCUGAGCCCCGGCCCCACGACCCCCCAGGGCCACCACCCAGGGAUGGCACCGAGCCCCAGGCCCUGCCACAGGAAUCCCGCUCUCCCGCCGGGGACGUUCCCGAGCCCCGGCGCUCCGCCUUCGAGCCGGCCGGGAGCGGCCAGGAGAAGCUGGACUUCAACAGGAACCUGAAGGAAGUGAUGCCGACCAUCGAGAAGCUGCUGGCCAGUGACUGGAAGGAGCGGCUGCUAGGUCGGAACCCGGCUGAAUCCAAGGAAGUGAAAGGAACCCAGGAGAGCCUGGCGGAGAAGGAGCUGCAGCUGCUGGUGAUGAUCAACCAGCUGUCCACGCUGCGGGACCAGCUGCUGACGGCGCACUCGGAGCAGAAGAACAUGGCCACCAUGCUCUUCGAGAAGCAGCAGCAGCAGAUGGAGCUGGCGCGGCAGCAGCAGGAGCAGAUCGCCAAGCAGCAGCAGCAGCUCAUCCAGCAGCAGCACAAGAUCAACCUCCUGCAGCAGCAGAUCCAGCAGGUCAACAUGCCCUACGUGAUGAUCCCCGCCUUCAGCCCCGGCCACCAGCCCCUGCCGGUCACCCCCGAGUCCCAGCUGGCCCUGCCCAUCCAGCCCAUCCCCUGCAAACCGGUGGAUUACCCGGUGCAGCUCCUGCACAGCCCACCUCCCCCCACGCUGAAGAGACCCGCGGGCCCGGGCCACCUCCAGAUGCAGGAGACCUCGCAGCCGCUGAACCUGACGGCCAAACCCAAAGGUCCGGAGCUGCCCAGUGCCUCCAGUUCGCCCAGUUUGAAGCUGAGCGGGUGCCAGUCCCUGCCACCGAGCCACGGGGCCAGCAGGGAGCUGCAGAGCAGCCCGGCCAGCCUCCCUCUGGGAUUCCUGGGAGAGGGCGAUGCCAUCACCAAAGCCAUCCACGACGCGCGGCAGCUGCUGCACGGCCACGGCGCCGCCAUGGAGGGCUCCCUGAGCAGCCCCUACCGCAAGGAGCCCGUCGGGAUGGACUCCUCCCCGGUGAAGGAGCGGAUGGAGGAGACCCCCGGCCACCGGCUGGACGAGGCUCUGCUGAGCUGCGAGAUGGACGGCUCCCGGCACUUCCCGGAGUCCAGGAACAACAACCACAUCAAGCGGCCCAUGAACGCCUUCAUGGUGUGGGCCAAGGACGAGCGCAGGAAGAUCCUGCAGGCCUUCCCCGACAUGCACAACUCCAGCAUCAGCAAGAUCCUGGGAUCCCGCUGGAAAUCCAUGUCCAACCAGGAGAAGCAGCCGUACUACGAGGAGCAGGCGCGGCUGAGCCGGCAGCACCUGGAGAAGUACCCGGACUACAAAUACAAACCGCGGCCCAAGCGCACGUGCAUCGUGGAGGGCAAGCGGCUGCGCGUGGGCGAGUACAAGGCGCUGAUGAGGAACCGGCGCCAGGACGCCAGGCAGGGCUUCCUCAUGGGGCCGCAGGGCAGCCAGGUGCCCCCCAGCUCCUCGGACGUGCUGUACCCGCGGCCGGUGGGCGUGCAGCUGCCCCCGCCCCUCCUGGAGCAUUACCUGCCCCGCGGCGCCGACCCCGCCAUGCCCGUCAUCGUCAACACCCGCAGCCUCAAGGACGGGGACGCCGGGGACGACGGGCACUCGGUGCCCGAGGGGGACGUGUACCGCUACAGCGAGGACGAGGACUCGGAGGGCGAGGACAAGAGUGACGGCGAGCUGGUGGUGCUGACGGACUGAGGGGGCGCGGGGGGACAGCGGAGGGGGUGGCAGGGCUGGCUGCCACCCCCGGGAGGGCACGGCGUGUCCAGGUGGGGUGGCACUCUGCCGCAGGAGAGCUGCCCGCCUGCAGAGGGGUCCCGCGAGGGUGGGCACCCGGGAUUUUGGGUGGCGAGGACUGGCUUGGCCUUGCUUUGGUGGCACGUGGAGCCGAGGCCAGCGAGCCUGGAGGGUUGGUGGCACUGUGGUGGCUGCGUUGUCACCCCUGAGGGGACCUGAGGCUCUCGGGCUGCAGGGAACAUCCAGAGCAUGUCCAGCACCUGCGGGUCCUGCAGAGCCUCACCUGGUGUGCUGCUGGGCGCGGCAUGGGGACACGGAGUGGGGACACAGCAUGGGGACAUGGAGU